UCAAGACAAGGGAAUUAGGGCUAGCAGGGCGGCCCUCUUGGAGGGAGAACAGAUCAGGUGGUCAAUGUUGCCCACUGAUAGUGUGUCAUUGUCUCUGAUGCUGUAGGCACACUACCCAUCCUAGCUUCUUAAAUAGGGUCCUAAACAACAGCAAAAGUUACUAGAGGAAGCAUGUGAAAAGUACCUCGGCAAUAUUUUCCUGCUUCUGAGCUGUUUGGCAUUUGGAUAGAAUAAUAUGCAUGCAACUUGGUUUUGUGACUUCAUUAUGUACUUAAGCCUACGUUACAAUACAAAACAAUACAAGUUUACUGUGUCAUACGCUUAGCUAUUCAGGUGUGACAUUCACGCCAAGGUAUAACUGGGAUUUUCUAACACUUAGCUGUUGUAUGUUGAAUUAAGAGCAUUGUAGGCAACAACGAGAGAGAAAUGAUUAUCUUACCAGACGUCAUGUUUGUUGUUUAUAGUUCCUCCAGAGAUUCUUGCCAGAGGAGCCUCGGCUUUGCUAGCUUAUAAUAAAGCCCUUAGUGAGGGAAAAACCAGUGUCAAGAGAGUGCCUGUCAUGUUGAUUGGCCAGGACCGAUCAGGAAAGACUAGUGUAAAGAAGUCACUAAAGGGACUGGUUUUCAACCCAGAUGAAGACAGCACUGUAGGCAUAGAUGUUGAUCCUGCACAUUUCAAAGUGUCAACAGAUGUUUGGAAGUUAGGGGAGAAGGAUCAAGAAUCAAAUUCUUUUGAUGGAAUUUCCUAUGAGCAUCAUGCAGCACAGCUGAUUGUGGGUAGUUUGAAAGAGAAAAGGCAGAAGCCAAAGGAAAGAUCUUUGCCAGAGCCUGUCCAGUCUGGAAGCACUUCCCUUCCCAGAAGUCAUGCAUUUCCUUCUGAAGUCUCAGGGCAGCCAGAGGAAGGAGGAUAUGAAGCAUUUGAACCGAGUAACGGUAAUCAAGAAGACACUUCUUUCAUUACAAAUGAGGUGCCUGAAGAGAUAGCAACUUUGGUUGAAACGUUGCUUCAAAAGGUCAACAAAGAAGUAGACGAUGAGGAUAUCUAUUCAACUGUGUGGGAUUUUGGUGGGCAGUUUGUCUACUAUGUCACCCAUCCACUGUUUCUUACAGCAAGAGGAAUUUAUCUCCUGAUUUAUGAUCUUAGCCAGAACCCACACGACAGAGCCAACCCUCCUGUGAAGCGAGGAAUGUUCAAGAAAGUUGAAGACAACUUUUGCCUGAAAACCAAUUUGGAUUAUCUAGAUUUUUGGAUGACCCAUGUUGCUUCCCUAAUUAGUCAUGAUGAAGUCAGUAAAAAACAUUCAGAUUAUGAAUCUUUGUUACCAGAUAAACUUCCUCCUGUGUUCUUGGUUUGCACUCAUGCUGAUACACCUAAUGGUGGUGGUAAUCCUCGUGAACUCGCUCAUGAAAUUUUUGAUUGGCUUCAGAGCAAGCCAUACAGUUCCCAGUUGGUCGAACGUGUCUUUGUUGUGGAUAACACAAAGUCGGGCAGUUUAUCUGAAUGUCCAGAUGUUGUGAAUCUGCGAAAAGAAGUCCUUGAUGUAGCUAAGGAGCUACCACAGAUGAAAGAAGCUAUUCCAAUCAAGUGGCUGAAAUACGAGAAGGCACUGCGAGUCAUGAAGGAAGAUGGCUACAAACACAUUUCUCUUGAAAGAGCUAAACAAAUUGCAUCAGAAGUAUGCACAAUUAGUGAAGAUGAAGAGAUUUUGACAUUGCUGAAUUUGUUACAUGACCAGAGAAUAUUGAUUCAUUUUGACGAUAGUCCAGAGCUGAACAACUUGGUGGUCUUGGACCCUCAGUGGUUGAUUGAUGUGUUUAAAAAGGUGAUUACUGUUAAGCCUUAUGAUUACAAGGAAAGAAAAUUUAAAGAGCUAUGGCGUAAACUCGAGACAACAGGCAUUCUGGAGGAAGAACUUUUAAAACAUGUUUGGGGCCCUUUGUUUGAUCACAAAGAAACUUCUGAGAGUCUUAUUGCAAUCAUGGAAAAGUUCAGCUUGCUUUGUCCUUUGCCGUCAUUAAAUGCACCAUGCAGUAGGCAGUAUCUGGUGCCAUCCAUGUUGAUGUCACUCCCUCCCAAAGGUAUUAUCAAGUUGGUUGCCUCUGCUCAGCUUCCCUCUCUUUUCCUGAGAUUUGAUUCUGGUCGGGUUCCUGCAGGCUUGUUUCCCCGACUCGUAGUGAAGUUCUUUCAGUGGUGCGCUGAAGAAUUUCCAAGCCAGUAUGUUCACCAAUUUUUUCAGAACUUUGCUAGGUUUUAUAUCUUGCCAGAUGAAGACUUUUCCGUGGUCUUUCUUUGCCAUUCAUCUUCACUUGAGGUCAUUAUUCUUGGUGAAAACAGUAGUCGUCUUACUCUAGCAGGACUUUUUCGUUCAAAAGUGGACUUGUCUGCAAGGUUUUGCCAUGGCAACACUGAUAUGAGUCCUGCCCAUUUUGUACGUAGCCAACUAGCAUUGAUGAUUGAUUCGAUGCGCAAUGAGUUCUUUUGGCUAAAAAGCAUUAGAUGUGAAAUGAGUUUCCUCUGCCCAGUCUGUUGUCGACAAGGUGAGGUCAGCUACUGCCAAAAUCAUCGUGCAAAGGGUUGUAAGCAAGAAGAAUGCCUUCACUUCUUCUCUGAGACUGAGAUGUACAAAUCUAAAGGGAUCAUCAUGUGCACCAGGUCUGCUACCGCACAGGAUAACAGAAUUCAGGUCAAGCAGUUUGCUCCGUGGUUUGCAUUUUCCCAAGAAAAUCCACAGGAAGGAAGUACCGAAUCUCCUGAGAGACUUAGUCUGCCUUCUGUGGAUGGUCACCAAAACACGUCUCUGGCCUUGCCUAGCGACAUUCUAGAAUCGCUUCAUUCACAAUCAUGUGAUGCCCAGGGCGUUGUACUUCAACUACAAGAGAACCUACAGCUAAACCAUUCCUCACUGGAGAAGCCCGAGUCCGAGACCAAGGGAUGGAUCCGCUACCUGGCACGUGAGGCAAAGUCUUCCAACAAGCUUGAUGUGGUCAAACAUCUGAGGGAAAUUGUACCAGCUGGUACCACAGGCCCACUACUGAAUGAUCAUUGUCAUGUUGGAGAUAUUCCUGAAGACCAGAAAAAAGAUCUAGCAGUACAUUUGUGCGGUGGAGACGAGUGGAAAGAGGUUGCUGAAAGACUGGGUUUUAAUCAAGCAUACAUCCGUUAUUUUGAUAGUCGGUAUCAUAACCCGUUGGAAGAGAUGCUGAAUAACUGCCAUGUGAACGUGGGUGAACUCUAUGACAUCUUGGUCGAAUGUGGGUUACCUGUGCUUGCUGACUUCUUAUAGGAAUUUCAUUUGGUUCCUAUUGUAUUUAGCCUUGUUUUAAUGCGUUUCAUAUUUAGCAGUGUUGUUAGUGGUUCUCAGGCUACAUAUGAGUUCGUUUAGGCGCUGUUCAGCCACUGUUGGGAGAGAGAAAACGUCCUGAGCUGAGGCAAGGCAACUUAGAACGGGAUCAUCUCAUUUUAGUGCAGAGGAACGCCAUCUAACAUAGCGGAAAGUAGCUCUAUUGAAGAAAAUCUCAAAACAGUAUAUCUUGAAUUAUUCAAUAGAAAAAGAAACAUUGAGCCAUAAAGGAACACGGAUAGGUAAAUUUAGGAAAGACUGAAACUGAUUCAAAAUAUUUCAUUGGAUUGCUGUUCGGGCUAAAACGUGUGUAACAAGUAAAUUUAGAAAUUUUGGAAUUGGUUAGAUUCAAAUCAAGCAGUAAAAAAAGUUUUUUUCCGAACAUUUCAAGGUAUUAAGAAAUAUAUAAAGACACUGCACAGGUAGCUUAGAUCACGGGUAAUAUUGUCCCAAGGGAAACUGUUAGUUGGGGAGUUUUGUUUUCGUGAGAGUCUCGAUCGAAUUUAAGUGACUGUUUGGAGAGGUAAACACCGGGAGUAAACUCGCAUUACGAAGUAAGAGGAGACAAUUCAAGUAAGCAAUUGUGUUUUUAGCUUACAGCUGUACGUAAAAGAAAAAAAAACAGCUUAAUUCAAAGAAAGAAGAGAAAACCCUUACAAAAUAUAGUUUACUCAGGUUUAAAAAAUGUUAUAUUUUAACAGAACAUUGCCUGCUAAUGUUGGGGAAGUUUGUGAUGCAAAAUUUUUCAUUAUAAUUAUUGUCGACGAUGGAAAGUAAUUAAGUUUAAAAAGCAGGUUCAGACUUCAUGUUAAAAACUAAAUUUCUUGCCUUUGGUAAACUUGGGCUCAUGUAUGAAUAGUUUAAGACUUAUACAUUACGUAAAAAAAAAAGAGCCAAAGCAAGCGGUAGAGUGGUAGAUUUAAACAGAAUUCUCUUAACAUGCUUUAAUGGUAUAAAAUACUAAAACAAGCUUUACGGGAGGGGAUUAUAAUCUGCAAAAAUUGUAUCGUUUUUUUAAAUUAAGCUAAGUUUGCAGUGUAUCUCGUCAGUAUGAAGAACAUGCUGUGAAUGUACCAGACUCACUUGUACAUCUAACAUUAUUCAAAUCUAUAGAGAGGAGUCAUCCAUGGGAUGAUAAUCAAAAACUUACUAAGAUUUGAAUAGCGGGAACGAUAGCUAUAUAGCUCAGUCUGUCAGCCAGUAUGGCAAGCCAUUUGUAGCAAAAUUCAAUCCUUGCAAUAUAUGUUUAAUCCUUUAAAUAAUGGUUUUAUUUAAACAU